AUGACAAAUUGCACAAAACAUAAAAAAAUAUUAGAGUGCAUUUGCCAUCAAUGCAAUGAUCUUAUGUGUUCGUUAUGCAUUCUUGAACAUUGGAAGCAGCAAUCAGAUCAUUACUCUCAAUGUGAACAUAUAGAUCAAAUUAAGCAUUCAUUAAAGAAUAUAUUAGUUAAUAAUGUAAAAGAAGAUAAUAGUAGUAAUAAUGAUAUUAAUGAUAAAAAUCAAGACUCAAUAUUCUCGAAAACAAUUACGUCGAUAUGGGAAUCGUUAAAAUCAUCGACAACAAGAUAUCGAUCAUUAUCAGCAACAGAGAAUGAGAUAUCACAACACUUUGAACAAUUACAUCAAUAUCUAAUAAAAGAAGAGCACAAACUUAAGAAAUCAAUCAUCAACGAUAAAGAUACAAUCAUAAACCAAAUAGAUAAAAAUAUAGAUCAUUUGAAGCACUUAAUAAAUAUUAUAAAUAUAAAUAAUAUGUUUCAUAAUAAUAAUAAUGAUAAUAAUUGUGAUAAUAAUGAUGAUAGUAUGUCAAUCAUUGAAGAUAAAACAUCUCAGUAUUCAUCAACAACUAUUAUGAAAUCAGUAUUAUCGAGUUCAUCAUUAGCAUCAUUCAUCAAAGAUAAUAAUCAAACAUUGUUCAAUGAUCAUCACGCACUAAAUACUGAUGAACUCCUUAAACAGAAUGACAAUGAUUCAUCUACAUUAUUAUUGGAUAUCAUUCAUAAAUACAACAAUAAAUUCAACAAAACAACAAAUAAUAAUAACAAUUUAACAACACCUGCAUGCUCAUACGAGUUAUCAAUCAAACCAUUUGAUUUCAAUAAAUUGAAUUCGAUGAUUGAACAAUCAAUCAAACUUUUAAAGCUAGACUCAUCAACACCAUCAUCUUUGAUAAAAGAUAACAACACGAAUAAAUCAUCAUACAUAUUUUCAACACAUCUAGCAAAAGGAGCAACACUGAUCAACACAACAGACAAAUCAGUUCAAGAAUUAAAUAUCGAUUUUAAUUUCAAUAAUACAUACCAAUCUAUUGUUUCUAUUGGCGAAUAUAUCUAUAUAUUCGGUGGUAGUAGUAACAAAUGGCUGAAAUUCUCAGUAAAAUCGAAAUCUAUUGCACAUAUUGGUGAUAUCGAAGUAAUCAACUGUGGUCUUCAUACAUCAGUUUGUUAUGACGGUCUUGAUCAUAUCUAUUUGGUGGAUUAUACUAAUAGAAUUGAUCGAUUCAAUAUCAAAACAAUGAAAUUUGAAAGAUAUCAACUAAUACCAGAUGGAUAUAAACAGCAGGUAUCUACAAUGAUCUAUAAAGGUUCAUUAUAUUCAGUAUCAUACACACAAAAAAAGCUCUUCCAAUUGGAUUUGGCAAAUGGAACCAUAAUAGAUCAUCAAAUUAACAUUGUACCUUACACAGCAUGUCAUGAUAACAAUGGAAAUUUCUUCAUAUAUUCAAUAAACAGACUUACCAAAUACAAUGUUGAAAGCAGACAAUCAAUCAAUCUUGAACCCAUUACUACCAAAAGUGUAGGAGUUUUUUUGAUGUAUCAUCAAGAAUCAUCAACUUCUAGUUUUAUCUAUUCAUUUGGUGGUGUCGACUUUGGUAACUACAGAUAUUCAAUAGAAUCUAAUAAUUGGGAACCAUUCCUUCAAUAUGAUAAAUUGGGCAGAAACUGGACACCAUCUGUAUCGGUUAGAUUUUAA